AUGCCGAAUGCUACGCCCACAAAGCAGGAUCGCGUUCCAAAACUAGUUGCGGCCCACGGAUCGGCGCGCAGGGUUCGCCGUCUUGAUGGCCUUGGACAAGAGACCAACACUCUGUUCCAGCCAUGGAACGCACAAGACAGCGACGGAUCGCAGGCCCGGUCACAGGCAUUGAUGAAAGAAUCCCCAGCAAAAUUCGGUCUCUUGACCGAGUUCGAGAAACCCACGUUAGGUCCAGCGCGGAGUAGGGCAUAUCGGAUAAACCGGCUGCUCUGGGGUUCGGGACCGCAGCACUCAGCGGACGAUGUCGAAGUCCACGUUUCAGUCAAGCCUGAAGCGCGAGCCUCUCAUGUCUCAGAUAUUCAGGCCGACUCUGCACGUUUUCCCAAGCGUAAACAAACACCUUCACUCGCGCACGACUCCUCCGUCAAACACGACACCACUCCCGAUAGGUCAAUCACGAAUGAGUCGUCUAGAGGUUUAUCUGGCAGUUCUCACCUCGGCGAGAGCGACGAUGAAGACGUUGGCAGCUCUUCUCUCGAAAGCGACAGGAUCUUCAGCUCCGCCACUGUCUGCGCAGGUCAAAGAUCACAUCACACUCAGCGGAGGAUUGAGAUUCCUAGCAGAUUAUCUGAGGAGCAGACCUCCAUGAUACGCAGUCCAGACUUCUUGGACACCGCAGAAAUGGCCUGCACUGUACCGCUUCAGACUUCCAGCGAGCAGACUUCCAGCGAGAAUGUUUCCAGACCGGUCGAACAGCUGCAUUCCGUCACCGAGGAGAUGAUACGCCAGCUGCAAGACUUGCGACUUGAACCCGAGCAGACACCUACCGAAUUCAAGUCGAAAGCGCGCACCGUGCCCUCGGGCAAGGUCCCGCUACCCGACACGUCUGUCAGGACUUUGAGCCCGCCGCGGAGGUAUCCUCUCCAAGAGACCAGAGCUCAACCAAACCAGGGAUCGUGUGCGAAUCACUCCUCUCCUGGAACUCAGGACAAGAGCAAUCUGACCCAGGUAUCGCUCGUGCCAACCGCUUCACUGACCAGCAAACGAGCAAGCAGAGCCGUCUCUAGCAAAAAGGCUUUCAAUGCAGAGAAACACGCAUUAGCAAGGGAAUUCUUGUCAGAACUGGACAAGACGAUCACAGACGGUCGAAUUGCCCAACUGUCUGAGUCGACUGGUGGGAUAAAGCUGGUAUGGUCUAAAAGCCUAAACACGACAGCUGGGAGGGCAACUUGGCGCCGAGAAGCUCUUGGACAAACAGGGCCUUGCGGCCGGCCCGUUGCAGGAGAAUACCAGCACUACGUGUCCAUUGAACUGGCCGAGAAGGUUAUUGAUGCCCAAGACAAAUUACUCAACGUUUUGGCGCACGAAUUCUGUCAUCUGGCGACGUUCAUGCUGGAUGGUGUCACUUCCCACCCUCAUGGCAAAGAGUUCAAAGCUUGGGCCUCCAAGUGCUCCGAGGCGUUUGCGAGCCGAGGCAUUCACGUCACGACCAAACACUCAUACGCAAUCGACUUCAAGUAUGUAUGGGAGUGCGUCUCUUGUGGCUCCGAAUACAAGCGACACUCUAAAAGCAUUGACACUCGACGUCAUCGGUGUGGAAGCUGCAAAGGCGACCUGAAACAGACAAAGCCAGCGGCAAGGCAAGGCGCUACUGAUGGUGGCGGUUCCCUCAAGAAAAGCCAUUACCAAACAUUCGUGAGCGAGCAAGUGAAGUUGGUCAAGCUGGAAAAUCCCGGAUUGCCACAGCGAGAUGUCUUGAGAAUCAUUGCCGAGAAAUGGGCUGCGUCCAAGUCUAGCAGUCCUUCCGAAAACCGCGCCGCGAGUAUGGAGAGAAGGCCAGGGAAUGCAGCACUUGCCACCAAGGGUCAGCAGCUGACCAUGAAUUAUGAGGCGAUUACGCCGGGAAGAGUGUGA